AUGUCAGCUCCUCCCAAAGAAGAAGCCAUUUUACGUGAUGCCCCAGACCCAACAGCUCUUUUGCUGGGUCGUCUAGAUAGCUGGAUUCAUGCAGUUGGUCUUUUUGAAGACUACAUUGAAGCCCACAUUCAAAUCCAAAAGAGUACAACAGCUGGACUCGAAAAGGUCCGCAAGGUUAAUGCCGAUGCUCCUAAGUUUGACUUCCAGUCUGGCAUGGCUCGUGCUAAUUCUCUUCAUGCAGUGACUUCGGGUCCAUCUUCACCUACCGUUGAAACUGCAACCCCAGUUGGCGGUCUGGAGGGCCCUGAUGGAACUACUAUCCCUGCAGAUGCACCUUUGGGCAUUGCCGAAUCAUUUGAACAGAUUCGUAUUCGAACCGACGCAUUAAUUAACAAGUCUGUGGAAACAGAACAAGCUCUGCGUACUUCUGUUUUGCCGCAAUUGGCAACAACGCGCGCCGAUAUUGAGAAACAUGUCAAGGGACUUAAAACUUCUGGUGUCAAGCAGUCCAAGGAAGUUGAAAAGGCCAAGUCGGUGACUCUCCAAGCUGUUGAAGAACUGGGCCGUCAUACCUCUUCAUUUAACAUUUCAGCUGGCGGAAACCGUCACGAUUAUAAGCACGACCCCUACGUACUUUAUCGUCAAACCUUGAAUGCAAUUGACGACCAACUGGCCAAAGAAAACUCUCAAAUUGAUGCCCUUGUGUUUACAGAAAAGUCCAUUGAGACUCUGGAGAACCAUGUUGUUCAAACACUUCAACAGGCUGCUCAUUUGUUUGACCAAAUCACUGGCGCUUACAAUGGUCUUGCACUUGAGUCUUCCCAAAUCGAGGCUCAGGCCUUUGCAUCCAUUGAACCUGGGUCUGAAUGGAACCUAUUUUUCGCAAACAAUGGCCCUCAGUUGGUGCCCUAUGACAAGCCUCAUCGUGAAAUCUCUCACGUCACUUUCCACAAUGACGGCCACCCAUCAACACGACCAGUUCUGGAGGGUGUGUUGCUGCGUAAGGAGGGAAAGCUGCUCAAGUCAUGGACUUCUGGAUAUUAUGUCCUGACCCCUUCAAACUACCUGCUUCAAUAUACGUCUAACAAUUAUGUUCAAGACCCUACACCAGAGUUUGCACUUUAUCUGCCUGAGGCCACAGUAUCUGAGAUCAUUACUAAGGAGGGUGGCAAGUUUAAGUUUACUGUCACGGCCAAGGAUGGUACGCGCACCGUCGGGCUCGGCUCUAAGACUUAUUCGUUUAAGACCAAUACUUAUGAAGAAAUUGGCGAAUGGCAGGCUGGAAUUAAGGCCGCAUCCACUGGAAUCAAGAAUGUAUUGGCUACUGGUGCAGGAGCAGCUGUUCCUGCAGUUGAAAUUCCUCCUGCUGGUUCUGAGCUUUCUUACACAGACCCUAACUUGACUGUAGAGCAACGAGAGGCUGCUCAUCUUGCAGAGUCUCUUCAAAACACUAACCUUAACAAAUAA